AUGUCAAGCAUCGAAGUAACAUAUAAUAAAACCUCUCGUCGUCUCGCAAUCUCUCAGACAACUACUUGGUCAACUUUAGAAGCCAAACUCCAUUCCCUAUUUAAUGUUCCCACGAGUAAAUCAAUCCUCCUUUCAUACACCGACGAAGACGAUGAUGUCAUAACGCUCUCUACUGAUAUCGAGCUUUUUGAAGUCAUUUCUGCUCAGGAAUAUGAUGACGAAAGGUCGGACAAUGAUGCCUUUUUAAAAUUUGCAUUAAUCGUACCUAGUAACAGAGGGGAUUUAGGGCAUGAGGAUAACAGCAGUUGGAUCUUUGGAGGUACUACAGCGCAUGCCAAAGAAGGAUGGGUCAGUUUAACUAAUGGUGAUGGUGAUGAUAGUGAAUACGAAAAUAACGUACCUUGCGACGAUUCCUCCGAGAACGGGCCCAUGACGCCCGAGUUUGUGAUGACGGAAGAGCCAAUUUUUGAACCUACUGUCUCUACUGGUUACGUUUCUGGGGGAACGCAACGAGAUGAAAAACGAAAACUUCAAAUAGAGUCAAAUACGUUGCAACAUAAAACCAUCGACAACAAAACAUGCUCACUCACAAACUCAUCGCAAAAUAAGGGACAAUCAUCAAAAAUUGGAUUAGAGCUUAUUAGGCUUCACGAGAGGCUUGAAUUAUGUCAAUGCGAUUUUCACUGCCGCUGGAAUAGGUCUAGUGGAGAGGGAAACGAUGAAAGUGAAAAUAAUAAUAUCGGUGAGAGUAGCAGUGUUGAAGGUGAACCUGGAUGGUUGAAAGCGAGAUGA